CGCCUCCAUCACGCCACGCUCACACACCCACCACUCUCCUACUUGUCCACCUCUCGCUCGCUCGGUCUGUGGUCAACUCUGCGAUCAGGAGAUCUCUUUCCCAUGGCGCUCGAAGCCCUCGAUGUGUCCAGCAAGCCGCCGGUUCCACCGCCGUCCCCACCGCCGAUGGACUCGUGGGUGCGCGGGGGGCGCAGGUCCAAGCGCCGGCCCGGGAGCGCGGGCGGCGGCGCCGAUCAGUCCGAGGAGGAGUACCUCGCGCUCUGCCUCUUGAUGCUCUCGCGCGGCGUCCGUGGCGACGCCGAGGACAGCGGAGUCGCCAGGAGCGUGGGCGCGGCCACGGCGGCGGCGGCGAAGGCGAGCCAGGCCGGGUACGAGUGCUCGGUGUGCGGCAAGGUGUACGCGUCCUACCAGGCGCUGGGCGGGCACAAGACGAGCCACCGGAAGCCACCGCCGCCGCCGCCACCGCAGGCGUCUGCGGCGGGCGGCGACGAGGCGUCCGGCUGCAGCGCACACGCGGAAGAGAAGGUGCACCGGUGCUCGCUCUGCCUCCGCGCGUUCCCGUCGGGCCAGGCGCUGGGCGGGCACAAGCGGCUGCACUACGAGGGCGGCGCCGCGGCGGCUGACGGGGUCAAGGACAAGACCAGCUCAGCCGAGUUGCCGAGGGACUUUGACCUGAAUCUACCGGCGGCUGCAACCGCAGCCGUGGUAACGGGGGAGGAGGCCGAGAUCGCGCCGCCGGAGGCCAAGCGGGCGCGACUGCUGCUGGUGGUCUGACCCGCGGCGGCGGCGACUUGUCGGUCUAGGCUUUGAUGGCUUUAGGAGUUUCUAGGUUUUAAUCUUUGUUUGGUUGGUUGAUUUCUUGAUUAAUUUUGGUUGCGUGAUCGGGACCGCGCUCGAGCUCGAUCGAUGUGAUAAGCACGGCUCGGUUCGGUGGUAUACUCUUUCAGUAAGAGUAGCUGUUUUUCUACCCAUUCAUCUGUCCAUAUUUUUCGACUCGAGGGCCGUUGGAUUAAGGAUCCGAUGGCUGGGAUAGGACUUGCUUGUAAGCCCUGGUCAGACUUAUAUAUAAAGAAACUUUUACUUUCC